CACCUCCUGAGAGCCCAGCUGCCGGAGCCCCUCUUCCCAGGAGGUCCUGCCUGGACAAACCCACACGCUAUCAACAUUUACACCAUCAACACCACCCUCACUCGUUCGCGACUCUAGUAGACUUUGCGGAUUCUCUCCCACACACCAAGCUAAAAUGGCCGAUUCUCUGACUGAAGAGCAAGUCUCCGAGUUCAAGGAGGCCUUCUCCCUCUUUGACAAGGACGGCGAUGGACAAAUCACCACCAAGGAGCUGGGCACCGUCAUGCGCUCUCUUGGCCAGAACCCCUCGGAGUCUGAGCUCCAGGACAUGAUCAACGAGGUCGAUGCUGACAACAACGGCACCAUUGACUUCCCUGAGUUCCUCACCAUGAUGGCUCGCAAGAUGAAGGAUACCGACUCCGAGGAGGAGAUUCGGGAGGCUUUCAAGGUCUUCGACCGCGACAACAAUGGCUUCAUUUCUGCUGCCGAGCUUCGCCACGUCAUGACCUCUAUUGGCGAGAAGUUGACCGACGACGAAGUUGACGAGAUGAUCCGCGAGGCCGACCAGGACGGCGAUGGACGCAUCGACUACAACGAGUUCGUCCAGCUCAUGAUGCAGAAAUAGAUAUAGUUGCAGCCGAACCACUGCGAUUUAAUCCAAUCUUACCAAAUUUGACACCAAGCAUGAUUUGGGCCUUGACGUGUCCGUUGGCUGCUGCGCGGGACUUGACGGAAGUGCACGGGUGGAACUGACUACACAUAUGGUACAUGAUUAUGAGUCCUGACGGUCAUGGGGAAGCACUAAAGGAAAUGCUAGAGCAUGCAGCUCUACAAUGUGAUAUGAAAAAUACGCUCAUAGAUGUGCGCAACAGAUGGUUCUUGCGUGACAGUGAUUUCUCUAGAGCAAGGCAAAACAGGGUUGUCGCAUAUCAUGCCCUGCAUCCUGCCUAACACUGUGUGGCACGUCGAACCUAUCGGCGUUCAUUGCAAAGCUUGAAUUCCACAGAGUGGUCUUUUCGAACAUUGCAAGAAAGCAGGG